AAAAAAAGAAAAAAAAAAACCCUGAAGAGAAACAAAAGCACAGUUGUGGGUGCCUGAAAUCAUGAGAGAUUUGCACUAUUCUCCAGGAACGCUGCUUUAUCCGUGGACCAUGUCGUGAGGUGUGGCUCUACGCGCUCGGGAUACUACCAAUAGAUACGCCUGGGAGCGGGGCAGAAGAUGUCCGCCUCAGUAGGGCCCCAAAGCGUCCCUCGCCCACCCACCGUGCCGGCUCCCAUGCCUGAUAUAUCGCCGGACUUGAGUCACCUCACGGAGGAGGAAAGGAAAAUCAUCAUGGCAGUGAUGGUUCGGCAAAGGGAGGAAGAGGAGAAGGAACAAGCCAUGUUAAAGACACUGCACCAGCAGUUUGAGAGUUAUAAGGAGCAGGUGAGGAAGAUUGGGGCAGAGACUAAACAACAGCAGGCUGUCCAUAAAGAUGUUGCACCUACCUGUGGCAUCUGCCGCAAGACCAAAUUUGCAGAUGGUUGUGGGCACCUGUGUUCCUACUGCCAGACUAAGUUCUGUGCCCGCUGCGGAGGAAGAGUGUCUCUGCGCUCGAAUAACGAGGAUAAAGUGGUGAUGUGGGUAUGUAACCUGUGCAGGAAACAGCAGGAAAUCCUAACUAAAUCAGGAGAAUGGUUUUCAACUGGGCCUGGGGGGCGACCUCUUAGUGUGGGUGCUCCCCUCAGUGGCCUUGAGAUGGACAAGGACAGGAAGUUGCGUUCCAGAUCACAGGCUCCUGGCAUUAAUGCAAUCAACACUCUGCCACCCAGCAUUGGUCUUGGUUACCCCACCAGGGGAGCAGAUAUAAUGCCUGCCUCACGCUCCCGCAGUGAACCACCACGAGACAAGAAGAGACCCGUGUCCCUGCAUGAGCAGAAUGGAAAGGUGAUUGGGCGUGGAGAGAGAAGGCAGGGUCCAGGCAGGUUGUCAUUACAAGCCUCUGAAGACCGAGCUCCUGGUGUGAAGCGGGACAGCAGACGAUUGGAGAAAGGCCACUCCCAGGAGUACCCAGAGGAUGACCCCCAUCCCGAACGAAGAAGGAGACAGGAGGAGGAAGAGCGAGAGCGUCAAAGACGAGAGGAGGAGUACCAGACCCGUUACCGUAGCGACCCAAACCUAGCCCGCUACCCUGUUAAACCACAGAAGGAAGAACAGGAAAUGCGUAUGCAUGCCAAAGUGUCCAAAAUGCGUCAGGAGCGCCAUCACAGUGAUCUAGCCAUCAAUGAAAUGGGAUUGCUUCAAGAUGGGGGUGAGGCCGCUGGAAAUCGCAUGAGCAGGCAGCGAAUAGUUAGCAACGAGGACCGCAAGGCCCUUUUAGAGAACCAUCGAGUUUAUUCUGUGGACAGGACCGUGGGGGGUGGCAUUGGGGGACAAGAAUCCCUUGCUAAACAGGGCCAUGGUGGCCCUCAUGUGGGCCCUGCAGGGCCCCCAGACCUCAGGGAUGGACACGACUGGGGCCCAAAGGGGCAUCUGGAACCUGGGUCCGCAGCUUUUCUGCACAGGGCUAAGCGAGAAAAGGCUGCCGAAAUCCUGUUUAAAGACUCUUCCCUUAGCUCGGACCAGUCGGAGUCAUUGCGGCCACCUCCACCAAGAGCCUAUAGACCCAAACGAGGCUUCAACAAGAGGCAGAUGUCCAUCAGCAGCUCUGAGGAGGAGGGCGGCUCCACACCUGAAUACACCAGCUGUGAGGAUGUGGAGAUCGAAAGUGUUAGUGAAAAAGGUGACUGGGACUGUCAUCCUCUGGACCCCACUGUGUGGCAUCAUCCUGUUAGCUGGCAGCCAUCCAAAGAGGGAGAUCAUUUGAUUGGCCGCAUCACUCUAAGUAAGCAUUCCACCAUGCCAAGAGAAGCCGGGUCCCUACUGGGUCUGAAGGUGAUUGGUGGGAAAAUGACAGAGUCAGGGAGACUUGGGGCCUUCAUCACCAAAGUAAAGAAAGGAAGUUUGGCUGACAUUGUAGGCCAUUUACGAGCAGGUGAUGAGGUGUUACAGUGGAAUGGAAAGGCAUUGCCCGGAGCAACUAAAAAGGAAGUGUACAACAUUAUUUUAGAAUCCCAGUCUGCACCUCAAGUGGAAAUAGUUGUUUCCAGACCAAUUGGAGAUACACCAAGAAUUCCUGGGACGUCACAUCCUCCUCUAGAGUCAAGUAAGUUUUCUGGUUCCAGUUCUAUAGAUGAAUCCCAAAAGAUGGACCGGCCAUCCAUCUCAGUAAUGUCUCCCACCAGUCCUGGUGUGUCGCGAGAUCUCCCUCUGGUACUACCAGGCCAGCUGUCGGCAAAAUUAUGGUAUGAUAAAGUGGGCCAUCAGCUUAUUGUCAAUGUCCUACAAGCACGAGACCUGCCCCCUCGACCUGACGGACGACCCAGAAAUCCUUACGUCAAAAUGUAUUUUCUUCCUGAUAGAAGUGACAAGAGCAAGAGAAGGACGAAGACAGUGAAGAAGAGUGCAGAACCAAAGUGGAACCAGACAUUCCUGUACUCUCACAUCAACCGCAGAGACUUCAGAGAGCGCAUGCUGGAGAUUACUGUGUGGGACCAGCCCAGAGUCCAGGAGGAUGAGAGUGAAUUUCUGGGAGAGAUUCUGAUUGAACUGGAGACAGCUCUGUUGGAUGACCAGCCUCACUGGUACAAACUGCAAACCCAUGAUGUGUCCUCCCUCCCUCUACCCCAGCCUUCCCCCUGCCUCCCCCGCAGACAUGUUCAUGGAGACAGUCCCAGCAAGAAACUGCAAAGAUCUCAUCGCAUCAUUGAGACAGAUUAUGAUGAUGGUAUAACGGUAGUGUCCUCAGCAGAGAGGAACUCUCGAGACAAGGAGAAGUCAAGCACACUGAUGGUACCCGAGAGACAGGCGGCCAUACAGCAUCGCUCGCGGUCAGUGUCCCCACACAGAGAAGACCAGUGUAGAGCCCGGUCACGACCCGCACACGUCCCUAUGCAGAGAAGUCUAGAUGAGAUCCACAAAAACCGCAAUCAUUCCUACUCUCCCUCCCAUUACCGGGACUCCCACCAGGAACAUCGUUCUGGAGACUCUGACUAUGAAUAUUCAGAGGACAGUGAGGUCCUGGAGAUGCACAGAUCAAUCCGAGGUGGGAGUGCCGAGUGCCUGCAUACAAACAGCUCUACCCUCCCUGCACGCUUAAAGAACAAACCGCCAUGGCGAACAGAGAGGGAUGGAGUUAACCCUCUUAGUGCCAUUCCACAGCGUGUUCUCAGGUUCACAGACGAGGUCAGCGUUAGUGAUCUUCAGCCUUCAUUAGACAGAUUAAGAAGUGCCAGUACGACUUGUUUGCGACCAGAGACCAAUUUCCACUCACCCGAUAGAGAAAGGUAUUCCGGCAGUUUGGAUAGGCCGAGCUGCCAGAAGGCUAACAUGAAAACCAUUGAUUGUGACAGACUCCAGCCAACUUCUAUCCUGAGGGGCAGCAGCAGGAGGAGAGAGCCUCCCCUCAGGCCCUUUGGCCAGACUACAUUGGGGGGUUCCUGCCCUAACUCCCCACGAGCUGACAGAGAAUUUCAACAAGGUGGACAUCAUUCCUCGGCAGGGACCACGUCAUUAGGGCGAAGGGGUAGACAGCUGCCACAACUCCCUGCAAAGAGCAGCAGUAUAGAACAAGACCAUGUCAACAGUAAGCCUGAAGAGAAACCUAACUCAGCACUAGCAGUGGAAGAGCGGGCUCGUCAGUUGCAGAUGAGAGUGCAGAACUAUCGGUCUUCUGCCAGCUCUGGUCACGACCCAGAGGCAGACCUCAAGAACAAGAGAGAUAUGUAUAAGGACCAGAGGAGGAGUUGUGAUAACAUGUCUGCGAGGUCAUCAGACAGCGACAUGAGCGAUGCAUCAGCCAUUUCCCGUGCCAGCAGUGCCUCACGGCUGAGCGCCACCAGCUACUUGUCCAUUCAAUCUGAGAGACCACACGGCAGAAUCAGUCGUCAAGUCAGAGCCUCAUCUGGUCGGAGUAUGCUAAAGAGCACAAGCGUUAGUGGUGACAUAAACACAGCAGAGCGAACAGAUGGCAGCCAGUCUGACACUGCCCUUGGAACAGUAGGAACCGGAGCAAAAAAGCGGCGCUCCAGUCUCAAUGCACGUUUCGUGGCUAUCGUGGGAAACCGUCGCAGCCGAAGCACCUCACAAAUCAGUCAGACAGAGGCGACCAAUAAGAAGUCGAAGGGUAGCCAAGGGACGAUCCAGCGUAGUCAAGAGACAGGAAUGGCUGUGGAAUUGCAGAGGAAUAUGAGCCGUCAACCCAGCCGAGAAUCCAACAACGGCAGCAUGAACAGCUACAAUUCAGAGGGCAGUCCAAUCUUCCCAGCAGUUCGAGUUGAAACUCAAUUCAGUGACUUCCUUGAUGGAUUGGGCCCUGCUCAGCUCGUUGGUCGACAAACCCUAGCCACACCAGCAAUUGGUGACAUUCAGAUUGGCAUGGUAAAUAAGAAAGGCCAGCUUGAGGUGGAAGUGAUAAGAGCACGAGGUCUCAUCCAAAAGCCAGGAUCCAAAUCACUCCCUGCUCCAUAUGUCAAAGUCUAUCUGCUACACAAUGGGGCAUAUGUAGCUAAGAAGAAGACCAAAAUUGCACGCAAGACACUUGACCCACUGUACCAGCAAACACUGCAGUUUGAAGAGAGCCCACAGUGUAAAGUGUUACAAGUAAUUGUCUGGGGAGAUUAUGGGCGAAUGGACCACAAAUCCUUCAUGGGAGUUGCACAGAUCCUGCUAGAGGAGCUGGACCUUUCCAGCAACGUGAUUGGCUGGUACAAACUUUUCCCACCUUCUUCCCUAGUUGACGCAACUCUUGCCUCUCUAACUCGACGUGCUUCUCAGACAUCCCUGGAUGGUUCGCUAGCACCUGCGGGGGCUCGAUCGUAGUGAACUAGCAUAAAGAGCACAGUCAAUAAAAGCUGAGAGACAGCAGGACAACAAGAGCCAGGCAGAAAAUGCGAUGUAAUAACACAAAGCUUUGUUCAAAUUUGACAAUCACUCCUGUGACUUUGUUUUUAUGUUUUCCUCUUUGUGGGUAGCCAGUGUUCUGCCAAAUUUGUUUGUCCUAAACAAAAUCAUUUGUUUCUCUCACUGUUUGUUGUGUGAGACUUAGGGCUGUCUACACUACCACGCAGGAAGCACUGCUUUAGGGUGACAUACAUUAGAGAGUGCAUAACUAAAGCAGGGUGAUAUUCAGUCAAGACUUUGUAUGUUGGCUAUUUUUUAACAGAGCAUCAGAAUGUAUCAACCCCAAAAAACAAAGGUGACCUCUAACCAAGGGAUUGUGGGACCUCAGCCGAGGCCCUGUCUAAACCCUGUUUGGAUUGGAAAAAGUCAAUGGCCAUGACCUUACAAGAUGCAGGGCGCCCCCAUGGGGAGGUUGUCUGGAAGGGCAGGGCCUUUCUUGGUGCCUAAGCCUGGAGGACCCAAAGCCGUGGUCUAUUUCCUCCAGAAUUCCUCUGUUUCAAUCUUUGUGACAGUUAAUGGAGGUCGCUUUCUUCUAGAAGUUGAUUUUUAUUUGUUUAGUUCUUUUUGCAGAUUGUUUUCACAUAUGUUUUAUGAAAAACAAGAGGAUUGUGUUGUCCAGUAUACUGUGAAAGUGACAAGAAAAGCUAAAAAUUAGACUGAGAACAAAGUAUCUGGAUACACUUUUCUUAGCACAUUAUAUAUUUUUUUAAUUUAUUGUUUACGGAAACUGUUGCAUUAUCCUACAGUACACUGUAAUACGUAAUCGUGUUCAGUGAAUUCUUUCAGACAUACUUAUCAUUAAAUGUUAUUAAAAAGUCAAUUUAGUUGCUGGAAAAAACAUUCCCAAAAUAAACAUAUUUGUGUAAUUCUGCAUUUCCCAUUUUAGGGUGUUUGGUCAACAUCCUAACAAGGGAAAAUGUACAUCUACACAAAUGUGCUGUUACAGUAUGUAUUGAGUAUGUCUUCAGUGACUAAAUUAACUUUUGAACAACAUUAGAUGAUAAGUGUUUGUAGAUUUCCCCUUUUUAGGGUGUUGACCAAUAGAUAUGGUUUAGUAAAAUUAAUUUUAGCAAAGCAACUUACAUCAACCUGAGGUUUCAAGAAUUUUGACAAACCCAAGCUCUUCAACAAGCCCUUGUACAUAUGUAAGGUUUUAUGUGCCAUUAAGUUUUCUUUAGUUUUUAAAUAAAAAUGCAAGCACAAAAGUUUGAUUUUUAAUAGAAAAAAGCAGAUGAAAAAAUAGAUUUUUCUUAAAUCAAGCCAACAAGUUAGCUUUUUAUUAUCAGUUUUAUUUCCACUUUGUUUACUUUACAGAAAUCAAAAAGAGUCAUAGAAAUGCAAAUUCCUCUGUGCGUCUCUGUAUAUGUUGAAGUGACCAAUCUGAUUUUGCCAUCACAAACAUAAACACCAAUCAUCUGUCAGACCACUGGCCACUCCUUCCAGUGCGGCAGAGCAGCAUGACUCGGAUCAGUUCCCAGCUGCAUGCACAUUUUUGUAAAACAGACUACACAAAUGUUAAAAAGUUACAGAAAUAGAUAUGUGUUAGUUCAACAUACUGUAGGCCAGCUUGUAUGUUGCAUGUACCUGUACAGUUUGCUUGUACUUGAAUAUAAGAGAUAAACCAAGAAAAAGAAGCCAUUUGCUUUCUCUCAGACUUUUCAGAUUAGCUAAAAUACUAGUCCAUUUCUUCCAUUCGGUGCUGAAUGUUGCAACAUUUUUUUUUCUUUUCUUUUUUUUUUUUUUACAUUUUAAUACAUUUAUGACUGCUUUUCAGUCUUUUAUAACCCUUUGGGGGAAAUGUGCUGUAACGCUGAACAAAACCUCCCUCCUGUUUUACAGAUUUUACUGUAUCAUAAUUUACCUCAAAACCACAGAGAUAAACCUUUAAAAGGUGUAUACAUCCCAUUAAGUUAUUACAAUAUUAAAACAGGAAAUAUCAGAAAUAUAUCAUACACACAUACUGGUAUCCAUGCUUAAUAUAAAUGUAGUUGCACAGAGAUUUAUUAGCGCAUGUGUUUUAUAUAUGAAAUAACCAUGUGGUUAAGCCAUAUUUUCAAAGGGGCCAAGGCAUACUUUUGAGAUCUACCAUCCCAAUAGAAGGGGCCGCUGAGCGGACACCUUUCUUAUCAUAUGGGUCCAAGUCAAGAGCUCUCACUUUCACUUUUAGAGGGCCAGACCACUCUGCUCGACAGCUGUAGCCAGAUCAUCAUUUUCUCUGUGCUUUCAAGCCAAAUUCCUCACCUCUGCUACAAACACAAAAUCAGAAAAAUUCAAUUGUUUUCCUUCAUGAGAGACAGGUUUUUAUUUUAUCAGUAUUCUUGGAUAGAGGGGAAACCCAAUGCUGACUGUUUACAACUUAAAGUAUGUGUUCCACUGAGAUGAUAAAAAAGAAAAAAAUAUUCACUGCAACAUUUCUGUUUGUAUACAGGUGUGGCUCAUACGAUGUUUAUGUUUUAUAUUUACUGUAAAAAAAAGAAAAAAAGAAGAAAAAAGUUCAUUUUUAUUAUUUCCAAAUAAAAAAAAGUGUGUGGAAGUAA